GACAGCGCGGUGGGGGCGGUGAGAUGGGCACAGCAUGGGCAGUGUGAGGACAGCACGGCGGGGACACGUCUUUCCCUGGUUUGGCUUGGACAUCGGAGGAACCUUGGUCAAGCUGGUUUAUUUUGAACCCAAGGACAUCACCGCCGAAGAGGAAGARGAAGAAGUGGAAAACCUCAAAAGCAUCCGCAAAUACCUGACAUCAAACGUAGCYUAUGGCUCCACAGGCAUUCGGGAUGUGCACCUUGAGCUCAAGGACCUUACCCUGUGUGGACGUAAAGGCAAUCUGCACUUUAUACGCUUUCCUACUCAUGACAUGCCUGCUUUUAUCCAAAUGGGAAGCGAAAAGCACUUCUCGAGCCUCCAUACUACCUUAUGUGCCACGGGAGGUGGAGCGUACAAAUUUGAGCAGGACUUUCGCACAAUGGGUGACCUUGAGCUUUGUAAGCUCGAUGAGUUGGAUUGCCUGGUUAAAGGAGUGCUGUACAUCGAUUCCGUGGGCUUCAAUGGACACUCUGAGUGUUACUAUUACGAGAACCCCACGGAUAAUGAGAGGUGCCAGAAGCUCCCAUUCAACCUGGAGAAUCCCUAUCCUCUUCUUCUGGUCAACAUUGGCUCAGGGGUCAGCAUUUUGGCUGUCUAUUCCAAAGACAACUAUAAACGGGUAACGGGCACCAGCCUUGGAGGGGGAACCUUCUUUGGCCUCUGCUGCCUUCUGACGGGCUGCUCCACGUUUGAGGAGGCCCUGGAGAUGGCAUCCCACGGGGACAGCACCAAAGUGGACAAACUGGUGCGGGACAUCUACGGGGGAGACUACGAGCGCUUCGGGCUGCCAGGCUGGGCUGUGGCAUCCAGCUUUGGAAACAUGAUGAGCAAGGAGAAGAGGGAAUCUGUCAGCAAAGAGGACCUGGCCAGGGCUACUUUGAUCACCAUCACCAACAACAUUGGCUCCAUAGCGCGGAUGUGUGCCCUUAAUGAGAACAUCAAUCGUGUGGUCUUUGUGGGCAACUUCCUUCGGAUCAACACCAUCUCCAUGAGGCUCCUGGCCUAUGCCCUGGACUACUGGUCAAAGGGACAGUUAAAAGCACUUUUCUUGGAACAUGAGGGUUAUUUCGGCGCAGUUGGUGCUCUCCUGGGACUCCUGGACUCAGCCUGACUCCGUGCACGAUCUGUGUUGGACCUAUGGAUUGAGGGCACUCCCUGGGCCACUGAGCCCGUGGUUUGGGGGUCACUGAGCCCACGUUUCGUGUCACAGCCCCCACUCAGAUUGUUUCACUGCCACGGCCUGUCGGGACAGCGCAGGGAUGGCUGUUGGUAAGAGCUGAAAUCCAGCUGGGAUUACAGCGCAGGUUUGUUCCAAAGGAUGAGAUUGGAAUACACUGGCUGGACAUGGGGGUGGGUGGGAAGGUCUGUGGGGCAUUUCAGUCACAGGAAAUUGCCCUUUUUAGGGAGUUGACUCUGUGUUUGAUGAUGCUGACAAAGCAGAGCACGGGCACUCUGCUCCCUCCAUUGGGAUCCCUUUGGAAUGCCAAGUGCCCAGGUCAGCUCUGUGUUCACAAUCAAAGGUUCUCCAUGUGCUGGAAAAUGGUCUGGAACGGGGCAGAGCAUCAGCACAGCCCUGGUGGGUCACUCCAUGUGGCCUUGGGGACACCACUGAGCUGUCAGCCAGGCUUUAUCCCUGUUCCACACGUCCUUAUCUGUCCUGGGGAUGGAAGGUAAGGCACAGCACRGAUCUGUGCCUCAGGGUGAUUCCCAUUUCAGCCUCCAGCCUUGAGAUGAAAAUUUGAGGAUGGAAUAGGGAUAUUCACUGUUUGUUUGUCUGGGAUUUUUUCUCUCUUACCAAAACUUGGCUGCACAAGAACUCCACCAAAGAGACACUUCCUUCAGUCACACUUGGAUCUCUGUAAUAUUCCAUGUUACAUUUAUUAGUGGCUACACUCCUGUCAUUUGGGGGAAUUCUCCCCCUUCCAUGCAUGCUGCACUCCCUGUUUUCCCUGUGCAUGCUKCCACACAGCCUGAGAGUGGGAUACUGCAGUGUGGAACCUCUGUGGAAAUUGCAGCUUCAGGAUGAGGGGUUGGAAUGGAUCCUGCAUGCUCAAUAAACGCUCUCUCAAAGCAACGAGGUAUCUGCACCUUCCCUGGGGAUGUGAGCUCAUGGAGACAYGGCUUUGGAAGUGCUCUGGCUUCCCAGUGAGCAGCUCCAUGGAGUGCAGGGAAAUCGUUCAGAUCCUUCAGAUCAGGUCUCUUGUGUCGGGGUUCAUCCCAGGAUAUCGGAAUGACCAUCACCCUCUUUACAGUCCUGGUUCUUUCCAGAGAAACAAUUCCCAGCUCUGAUUCCCUUGUGAGCCUGGCUGGAAGUGCUGGACAGCCCCAUGUGCUUCUCUGCCUUGUGAUUCCCACUCUCUGCCCAUCACUGUAUCCUGAGAUCUGAGCACUCACAAGGUGAUUCCUCGUGUGGUGCCUCCCUCUGAGAACAGAGGAAGCUGCAGGUUCAGAGGGUGUUUGCUUUGCUGGGUAGAUUUGUGUUUUUCUCUAAACCUGACUCAGCUGGAAUUCUGGACUUGAGGAUUUCUCAUGUGGAAGGUGACAUGUUCUGGCUGGGGAGGAAAAUGUUUUAUUUUCCUGCACACUAACACAGGCUUCAGUUGUGUCCUGCUCUGUGUUCCUUCAGGUGGUACUGGAGAGGUGAGAGCUGGGGCAGGAUCAUACAGCUCAGGGAGUGGUUUGGGUUGGRAGGAACCUUAAAUCCCAUCUCAUUCCACCCCUGCCAUGGACAGGGACACUUUYCACUGUCCCAGRGUGCUCCCAGCCCUGUCCASCCUGGCCUUGGACACUCCCAGGGAUGAGGUAGCCACAGCUUCUCUGGGCACCCYGUUUUGUAUCAGUUGARUUCAAGGCCUCAUUUAUUCUUCAUUUCUUGUAAAAUCACACAAACAUUUCCCAAACUCGUUGCAUGAAGAGCAUCUCCAUUUCCAGAGUGUUGACUGAMGGGUUUCUAGACUCAGCUCUUGCUGUACCACCUAAAACUUAACACACACGACCUGRCUGGCCUUUCACCCACCCUCACAGCCAAAACUCAUGGAAAAGGCACAGAAACUUCAGCUUUUUGGAUUUUKGAGUAGAUCAGCACAGUCUGAUCCCAGCACUAAAGUUCCUGGCUUAUCGUGUAUCCUUUUUUGUAAAAUGCUUGGGUUUUCUUGUUAUAAAAUAUUACAGUUAUUUUUUAUAUGCUUCAACC